UUCUAUCGUAAGAGUAUAUAUCUUAUAUCAUAUUAACCGUAUAAUCUAAAAUUAAUGGUUAAAAAAGCUUCCCUACCAAUAAAAAACUUAUGCUAAGUCCUACCAUAUUCUUGCCCUAUAAUUUAUUCAAAACACUAUAUAUAACUUAAUUAUCACUCAACAAAAUACUUAAUAAAAAUCCCAUUAAUUGCUACGUGUCAAAAUUUUAUCUCCUUUGCACAAGCCCAAAACUCAAAUCCCAUCCUCCACCACAGCCAUGGAUGCAGCUUGGAUAGCAACUUCAUCAAUGAAAGCCGUUAACUUCCUUCCGUCUUCCACCACUCAAAGGACAGCCAACCCAACUACCUUAAUUUUAUCAAGGCAUUCAUACGAAGUUACCAAAUCAAAAAAUGCACUCUCUUUUUUCUCAAAUUCCAGAAACAAUUCUCUUUCUCUUACUCGCUGCUCCACAAAGUCUAACAUCAAUACUGAGGACCAAAACUCCACCUCUGAGCUUGACACAAAGUUAGAAUCGCAUGAGGACACAAAGCUCAAUUCAAGUGACGAACCUUGUCUUAUUUCCCCAUCUUCAUCGUCUUCCUCUGGGGGCUUGGUGUUCGAUUUGGGAGCUGGGAAUUCUUGGGACAGUGAAGACGUUGGGUCUCCGGUUGUGAAAAGGUUUCUGAGUGAUGAAGAAGAAAGGUGGUACAUGUGGUACUACGGCAGGUCCAAUUCAAACCCAGGUUUCGAUUCAAUUGGUUUAGCUACUUCGAGCAAUGGUGUCCAUUGGGAGCGAGGUGUGGGAUCGGUCCAGACCAGCGUAGAUGUAGGAACAGUAAUGAGUUGUAGCAAAGAUUGGUGGGCAUUUGAUACUUCCAGCAUUAGACCCUCUGAGGUAGUGAUAAUGUCCAGUACAAAGGUCAGAGCAUCGAGUGCUGUUUAUUGGUUAUACUACACUGGGCUCAGUUCUGAAGAAGUUGAUAUUUCCGGUAACUCAUUUGAUCUUAUUAUUGAAAACCCAGAAAAGGUUUUUAAGGAAAGUGGUAGAUCUGGGAAGAUUUAUAAGUCUCUGCCCGGUUUGGCUAUUAGCCAAGAUGGUAGGUAUUGGGCUAGAAUUGAAGGUGACCACCAUAGUGGAGCUCUUUUUGAUGUUGGUUCUGAGAAUGAAUGGGAUUCUUUAUUUAUUGCUUCACCACAGGUUGUUUUCCACGGAAGUGGUGAUCUCAGAAUGUAUUACCACUCAUUUGAUGUAAGACGUGGGAAAUUUUGUAUUGGGAUUGCUAGAUCAAGAGAUGGGAUUAGGUGGGUUAAGCUGGGAAAGAUAAUUGAGGGAGGGAAAAGUGGUGCUUUUGAUGAGCUGGGAGGUUUAAAUGCCUGUGUUGUCAGGAACAAGAAAGAUGGGGAUUAUUUGAUGGCAUAUGAAGGAGUUUCUGAUAAUGGAGGUAAGAGCAUUGGGUUAGCGGUGUCUAAAGAUGGACUUAAGGAUUGGACAAGGCUUCAAGAUGAUGGGGUUUUAGAGGCUUCCGGUGCUAAUGGGUGGGACAGCAAAGAAGUUGGAUCGCCUUGUCUGGUUCAGAUGGAUGGGGAAGAAGAUGAGUGGAGAAUGUAUUAUAGAGGUGUUGGAAAUGGAGGAAGAAUAGGAAUUGGAAUGGCAGUUUCUCAAGGCAGUGAUAUUAGAAGGUUUAGAAGAUGGACAGGAGGAUUUCACAUGUAAGGUUUUUCUUGUGAAAUUUCAUUGUGAGAAGAGAAGCCAAUUAAGGAUAGGAUAAGAAUGAAUUGCAUGCUUUUCAUUUCUACAUUGAAUUACAUUACAAUGUAUGUAUUGCAACUACCUUUCAUUUUUUUUUUCUUUCACUAUAAUAUGUGUAUGAAUAAUCCUAUUUUAUUAUUUAAGACUUCAAAUGAAAUGAGACACGAAAGAGAAAAAUGAGAAGGACUUGCAGCUCGCUACUUGGGUUUUCAUGAAAAA